AUGCCUUUCCCAGGAUCCGCGGCCCUGCCCUGGACACCCCCCAGGUUGGUUGAGGCCGGAACUGAUGGAAUUCCAAGCUCCACAGUGGUUCCCCUUUGGAAUCCUGAGCUGGAGGUGGAGAAGUACCAGGGCCAGAAAACCAUCGAAUCCGAAACAGUGAAAACCUCAGAAGUGAUUAAGAAGAAACUUGAAGAGAUAACAGGGACAGUUAAAGAGAGUUUGGACGAGGUCAGUAAGAGCGACAUCGGCCGCCGGAUCAAGGAGGGCGUGGAAGAAGCGGCAAAAACGGCCAAACAAUCGGCUGAGUCCGUCACCAAGGGAGGGGAGAAGCUGGGCAGGACUGCAGCCUUCAAAGCCAUCUCUCAGGGAGUCGAAACUGUUAAGAAGGAAAUCGAUGAAAGUGUUUUGGGGCAAACUGGGCCCUACAAACGUCCGGAGCGGCUCCGGAAACGAACGGAAUAUUCCGGAGAGAGGAUCAAAGAGGAGAGGAUAUUUGAGGCUAAUGAGGAGGCCAUGGGAAUGGUGCUGCACAAAGACUCCAAGUGGUACCAGCAGUGGAAAGAUUUCAAGGACAACAACGUGGUUUUCAACACUUUUGAAGCAGAGCUCCUUGGGAAGUGUCCAGGAGCUCUGAUAUCCGGGGAGCUGGAGAUCCUCAAGGAUUGGUGCUAUGAGGCCAUCCAUCAGAAACACGGAUCCUGUGCCUGGGAGCCGGGAGCUGUGUCCCUGCCCUGGCUAAUCCCGGGAUUUUCCCUGCAGGACAAGGUGCUGAGGAUGCUCUACGUGUGGGCCCUGUGCCGGGACCAGGACGAACUCAAUCCCUACGCGGCCUGGAGGCUCCUGGACAUCUCCUCGUCCAGCACCGAGCAGGUCCUCUGAGGAAUCGCUGCAUCCAGGGCCUUCCUGACCCUCUGGAGCUCGGAACUCGCCCCAGACUCCUGGACUGUGGGGGGAAAAAGCCAGGCUGGGGGCUCUUGGGGGGGCUUUUUUUUUGGGAGAGCGGGUGAUCCCGGUGAUCCCAAACGCCCGGAGGAGCCGGGCGGGUGUGCCCUCCCUGCCCCGUGCUUUGCUGUGUCCAAGGGUUUGUAGAGCUCCACCUCAGAGACACGGCCUGGUCCUUCUUUCGUCGUGCCUGGAGCGUUUCCCAGGAUUCCAGCGAGGUGGGAAUCGGGAGGGGGCUGUUCCAGGUCUAAUUCCCACCUCCAGCGGCCUCGGAGCAGCCCUGGAAAAGCCUUUUUUCCACUCUGAGCUGCCACACGUCCUGUCCAAGCUCCACCACCAGGCCUUGUGUCCCUGCCUCGCACUUUACCAGCCAAAUACAAGCAGGACUUUGCA